AUGCGACAAUACCUGGCUAAACGUUCAACCCAUACCACCACCACCACCACCACCACCAUCGCGAGAGAUGGACGAUAUCGAUUAAACUACCUACGCGUCUGCGAGACAGCCGUUAUUGCCUCCUACAUCUCGGUCGACAAGUCCCCACGUCUAAUACCUCGCAUCAAUCUGCACCCUCGUCGGGUCAUCACCCUCGUACCCCAGGACCUCGCCACGCGCUUACACAUGGAAGACGUAGGGGUGAUCGUCUUUCCGGUAAGGGUCUUGAUGAAGAUCUGCAUGCUGCGACAGCCGAGUGUCAGUAAACCGAAUACGAGUACGCCGGGAUUGGCGGAAAACAAAGUGGCUCGCCUUGAGUAA